UAAUGUAAACAGGAAAAGAUGAGAUAGUAGACGAACUUACCUAAUUCAAAAUAGAAAGAGCUAAAAGAAGAGAAAGAAAAGAAUGGGAAUUAAAAAUUAUGGGAAAAUGCAUUACUUGGUUAAUAUAUUUAUAUGUAGCAGGAAUAAUAAUAACAGGAUUGAAUUACAUAUUAGUAAUUAAAGUUAUCGAUCUAUUAGUUAGAAAAAAGUUAUAAAUAUGAAGGAAUAGUUGAAGACAGUUGUUAAGACUUUAAAACACUUAAAUCAGUUAAUGAAUAAAUAUUCCCUCUAUUAGAUGAAUUGACUGUAAAAAUAAGAAUAGAAAUUAUAGUACAAAAAAUAUUUUAAGAUCUUCAGAGUUAACCUAGAAAAUGAUUGUCCAUUCUCUAUUGGAGAAUAUAUAUGUACAAGUAAAAAAUGUGUAAUUUGUACUUGUAAUACAUCUGAAGUAUUAAGGUUAAUAUAUUCUAGAUUCCAUCUAAUUGGUUAUCUCCAGCAUCAUCUCCUAUUAAUUAACCAAAAGAUGAUUUUGCAUUCUGGGAUUCAGAAAGAUAUCUAUGUAUUUUAAUAUAAUGACUCAUAGCUCCAUCUGAAUGGAUAUGGCAUGUAGAAGAUAUUGAAAAUGACAAAGGAGUUUAUGUAGAUUUGAAAUUAAAUCCAGAAGCUUUUACAGGAUAUUAAGGACAACAUAUUUGGGAUGUUAUAUACAGAGAAAAUUGUUAUUAAGGUUCAUUGAAUGAUAUGUGUAAGGAGAAAAGAGCAUUAAAUAAAUUAGUUUAGGGAUUGCAUACUUCAAUUUCAACUUAAUUAAGUGAGUUUUAUGUUGAUUUAUCAACAAAUAAAACUUAUCCAAAUUAUCCAUUAUAUUUUGAAAGAGUAGGUAAUCAUCCUGAAAGAAUUCGAAAUUUAUUUUUUUUAUAUUCAGUUCUUUUAAGAGCAGUUAUUUUAGCAUCUCCAGGAAUUUAAAAACAUGAUAUUAAUUCAAUGUCUUUUGAAGAAGAUACUAGAUCUAAAUAUUUAUUAAAUAAUAUCUUAUCAUUAGGAAAUAAUUAAUGUUCUAAACCUUUUGAUGAAUAAUAAUUUUUCAAUUAAAUAACAUUUGUAAUUAAAUUAAAUAUAAUUAGGAUUAAAAGAAAGAUUAUUAAAGAUAUAUUCACAAUAUAAGUAGAAUUAUGGAUUGUGUGGAAUGUUAAAAAUGUAGAGUAUUUGGAAAGAUGUAAACAUAUGGAUUAGGAACAGCAUUAAAAAUUCUAUUUUCUGAAUCUCCUAGUGAAUUCUCAGGAAAGUUAAAAAGAAAUGAAUUAGUUGCAUUAAUCAAUACAUUUGGAAAAGUUUCAAGUUCUGUUCACUCGAUAGAUCUAAUGUUUGAGAGAAGAACUAUAUAUCAUUACAAUCUUAUUUUAAGUAUUGUAAUUGUUGGUGGAGUUUUCAUAAUUUUUAUGGUAGCAAUUAGAAAAAUAUACUAACAAAUGGACAAAAAAAUACAAAAUAUGUUUAGAGGAAUGCCCUCUGAUAACCCUUAAUAAACUAAUAGAAAUACCAAGAGUAAAAGAGAUUGAA